UUUUUUCUUUUUUUUCUGCAUAAAUAAUGAAAUUCGGUCACACUUUAAGAACAUCAUUGUAUCCAGAAUGGACGCAAUAUUACUUAGAUUAUGACGGCUUGAAAGCGAUUCUCAAAAAAAAAUCUCGUGGUGGUGGUUGGACAGAAGAAGAUGAGUCUCAAUUUAUCGAAAUGCUAGAAAAGGACUUGAAAAAAGUGUAUAGCUUUCAACAAGCAAAAUUAAAUGAGAUUACUACACGCAUUGAACAAGAAAACAAACAAGUCGAUGUCUUGUGUAAAAAGCAAACUCCUCAAGAGGACGAGUUUACAGCAAGUGAGGUUGAACUGAGUCAAAUUAUUGCUGAUGUGCAUGACUUGGCUAAAUUCACUCGUCUCAACUACACAGGAUUCUUGAAAAUCAUGAAAAAACAUGACAAAGUCACUGGUUGGAUCAUAAAGCCAAUGUUUAGUGUUCGACUAAAUGCUAAGCCGUUUUACAAAGAAAAUUAUGAGGCGUUGAUUAUUCGUAUUUCGUCUUUAUACGACCAUGUCAGAACAAGAGGAAAAGAAAGAGAUGGUGGUACAGGUGCAAGUGGAAAACAAUCAGCAUUUGUCAGGAAUACAACGAAAUAUUGGGUACAUCCUGAUAAUGUAACAGAGUUGAAGCUGCUUAUACUCAAACAUCUGCCUGUCUUGGUAUUCAAUCCAAGUAAAGAAUUCGAGCCGCAAGAUUCUGCUAUUAGCAGCAUUUACUAUGAUAAUGAUGGCUUUGAACUCUAUAUGGGACGUUUGGAAAAAUCAGAAGGAGCAGAAGCUAUUCGUAUGCGAUGGUAUGGUGGUAUGGAUACCAAAACUAUUUUUGUAGAGCGCAAGACACAUCAUGAAGAUUGGACGGGUGAGAAGUCUGUCAAGGCUCGGUUCCCCAUCAAGGAGAAAUACCUGAAUUCAUUUCUAAAAGGCGAGUAUACCACUGAUAAAUUGUUUGCCAAAUCCAAAGAUCAAGGAAGGACAGAUAAAGAUAUAAAAGACAUGGAACAGUUGGCACGAGAAGUUCAAUACACUGUCUUGAUAAAACGUCUUCAUCCCAUGGUACGUACCUUCUACCAUCGUACAGCCUUUCAAUUACCUGGGGAUGCUCGUGUACGCAUCAGUCUUGAUACUGAGUUGACCAUGGUUCGUGAAGAUAACGAUGAUGUUGCUCGAUCGGGUGAUAAUUGGCGUCGUAUGGAUAUUGGUAUUGACUAUCCCUUUUCGCAGUUACCUGAUACUGAUGUGUGCCGAUUUCCUUAUGCUGUCCUCGAAGUCAAAUUACAAACACAAUUGGGUCAAGAACCCCCUCAAUGGAUCAUUGAACUUGUGAAUUCACAUCUUGUUGAGUCUGUACCGAAAUUUUCAAAGUUUAUUCAUGGCUGUGUUACUUUGUUGGAGGACAAGAUCAAUGUCUUGCCAUUUUGGUUACCACAAAUGGAGAUUGAUAUUCGCAAACCUGAAAGUAAAACGUUUGGUGUUCAUAGACUGAAUCAAAUUAAUCCUCCUAUGCGAGAAGCUAGGGAUACAGAAACAACACCAUUAUUGUCUCAGUAUCAAUCUCGCAAUGGAGAAGACCAAAGUACAUCGUCGCAUACUCGUCCUCGUGCUGUUGUGCCUGUAAUGGCUGCUCCUCCAAAGACAUUUAUGGCAAAUGAACGAACAUUUAUUCAUUGGCUGCGCUUCACCAUUCUAAUGAAUGCUUUGUCUAUUGGCUUGUUAAACUUUUCGGAUCAUACAGGAUAUAUAUCCGCAAUGGCUUUUACUGCUUUAUCUGUGGGUGUUAUGUUUUAUGCCUUGUACAACUAUCAUGUGCGAACCAACUCUAUCUUGCGUAAAGAAACGGGAGAUUUUUCUGACAAGUAUGCCCCUGCUGUUCUUACUGUCUCCAUAAUUAUGGCUGUUACUCUCAACUUAUACCUUCGCCUUGCGUCUGAAGGUUUGCAUUAUUAAACACAAACUUGAAAAAGCAGUCCUAGUCGCGAUGUUUUAGUUUUCUGAAAGACGCGUUCAAAAAAAUUUUUGUUC